AUGUGCACCGGGGCGAUGACGGCUGAGAUGGCUCGGGCCUGCCUGCAGCAAGCCGUGACGGCAUCUGGUUUUCCUAUGGAUAUACAGACUGUGGCCCUCUGGGAGAGGAACGCCAAGUGUCAUCCUUUGAUACUGAACAACAUCGACUGGGUGAAUUCCCUUCGCGGACGCGGGCGCGAAGAGCGCCCGCACUUGUUUCAAGACAUCCUUGAUUUGAAUCCUCCUGGCUGCUUACGCAAGGUGACAACCUACGCUGGCAAGCGCCGAGCUGUGGAAAGUUCGCCCUGCGUGCAAGAAGUUCCAUGCCUGUGCUGCAUGGAGGACGUGUGUCGUGUGCCAGGAGCCGACUUUGGGGUCUCCGGUUUGCCGUGUGAAGACAUGAGCAGGGCGGGACACCAGAAGCUGCGUCAUGGAAAAACCAACAGCGUCUACAUGACGCACGGCAAGUACACUGCUGCGCACCAGGUGCCACUCUUCGUGGUUGAGUGCACCCCAGAGCUGGAUAUGGGAAUGAUGGAGGAAGUCCACCCGGACUACGACCUCAUUCAGACUUUCUGCGACCCCGGUGACACAGGUCAUGAGGCAUGCAGCCGCUCGCGGACGUAUGUCAUUGGUGCUCACAAAAACAAGACCGAGGAGCUGGAGGAGCCGUGCAAGUUGCAGGACAAAAUCCAGCGCCACAUCCGCAAGAGAGUGCAGACUGUGCCCUCGGACUACAUGAUUGCCACGGGCACGGAAAUCUCGUUGGAGGCGCAGCAGAUGGCCCGCAAACGUGGGAUUCAGUGGAGACCGGAGCAGACAGAUCUGGGAUACCUGCUGAAUCCCAGGGAGAAGUCCGUGGUGCAGGAGUACGAGAAGAUUUACCGCCAGAGGACCGGCAGCUCUAUGGUUGCAAACGAGGACAUGGUGUGCUUCUUGGGAGACAACCCGCGGUACACCUUGUCGUGGUCGCUACAUGGACGGCUCCCUACGUACCGCCGCAACAAUGGCCUGCUUUGGAUUCCGAGCAGGCAGCGGAAGAUGACUGGCAAGGAAAGACUCGUGAGCCUCGGAUGGCCCGUCACAGCUGAGAUUGCCUCAGCCAUGCAGGUGCCGAUGGUACCCGCCCUGGAUGUUCAGAGGGCUGCCGACUUAGCUGGGAAUUCCAUGCACUUCCUCAACACGGGAGUGCAGCAGCUGAUUGCCCUCGCUUGCUUCGGGCCCUGUCGCAACGAAUCAAUAUUUUGCUGA